AAGAAGAAGAGACGCCAUUCCGAGGCGUUGUGCCGAAACACUGGGAAUAUUUAUACGACAGUAUUUCUGGUCUGAAAUCAUUCUUAAACUGUCUGAAUAAAGACAAAUUGGGGACACUGCCUCUAAAAUGAGUCUCAAUGAGGAGAGAGAGGAGGAGAGCACUACCACAAAAACAAGUUUAUGUGAGCAGACAGAAGAGUGUGCUGCUUAUGAGCAGCAAACGCAAAGAGCAGCAUCUGCAGGAUCAAGUUUUGUGUCUAUGAAGAACGAUGAAUACAUGAAGAGUCCCGCAUUCAGUGAUGGUGCAGAAACUUGUGACUUCGGGAGGAAGAGAAAAACUGCAGCAUCUCCAGAACCUAGCUUUGUGUCUAUGAAGAGUGACGACUCUAUGAUGAUUCCCCCUGAAUUUAGUGAUGGAGCAGUGACCUCUGACCCUGUGGAUGCAUAUAAUCUAAUCAGAUCUGUGGAGUUCUGUCAGACUCAACAAGAUACAAAUCCAGUCAUGCUGGAGGAGACUGAAAACCUGCAUCAGGAUUCUGACCAACCAGUAAAUUAUGUUCUUCAUAGAGUCAAAGACCAACACAAAACCAGCAUGAAGAACAAGUAUGAGAGAUUAUUUGAGGGAAUCAAACUACAAGAGAAUCAAACGCUCCUGAACAGGAUUUACACACAGCUCUACAUCAUAGAGGGAGAGAGUGAAGGGGUGAAUGAAGAACAUGAGGUUUUACACAUGGAGAAAACAGCCAGAACUCAACACUUACAAGACACUCCAAUCUACUGCAAUGACAUCUUUAAACCCUUACCUGAACCAGGAUGUGAGGAGAAGAGAACAGAGCAAAUAAAGACUGUUCUUACUAAAGGCAUCGCUGGAAUUGGAAAAACAGUCUCUGUGCAGAAGUUCAUCCUGGACUGGGCCGAGGGAAAAGCCAAUCUGGAUGUAGAUUUCAUGUUUGUGCUUCCAUUUCGAGAGCUGAACUUGAUUAAAGAUGAGCAGUACAGUCUUCACAAACUUCUGCUGGACUUUCAUCCUGAACUUCAUCAUCUGGACUCAAAGAUUUAUAAUGAGUGUAAAGUUGUGUUCGUCUUUGAUGGUCUGGAUGAAAGCAGAAUUCCUCUGAAGUUUUCAGACAUUGAGAAAGUUCCUGAUGUGACUGAGACUUCAUCAGUGGGUGUGUUGAUGUCAAACCUCAUCAAAGGAGAUCUGCUUCCCUCUGCUCUCAUCUGGAUCACCUCAAGACCAGCAGCAGCCAAUCAGAUCCCCUCCAAAUACAUCAAGUGUGUAACAGAAAUUCAGGGAUUCAAUGACCCUCAGAAGGAGGAAUAUUUCAGGAAGAGAAUCAGUGAUGAGCAUCAAGCCAGCAGAAUCAUCUCACACAUUAGAAGAGCAAGAAGCCUCCACAUCAUGUGUCACAUACCAGUCUUCUGUUGGAUCUCAUCCACUGUGCUUCAAAACAUCCUGAAACAAGAUGACAGUGCAGAAAUCCCUCAAACUCUGACUGAAAUGUACAUCCACUUCCUGCUCAUUCAGAUCAAUAUGAGGAAUCAGAAGUAUGAAGAGAGAGAUCCAGAGAAACUCCUGCAGUCCAACAGAGAAGUGAUUGUGAAACUUGCUGAACUGGCUUUCAAACAGCUGAUGAAGGGCAAUGUCAUGUUCUAUGAGGAGGAUCUGAGAGAGAGCGGCAUAGACAUCACUGACGCCUCAGUGUAUUCUGGGAUCUGCACUGAGAUCUUUAAGGAGGAAUCUGUGAUUCAUCAGAGGAAAGUCUACAGCUUCAUACAUCUCAGCUUUCAGGAGUUUCUGGCAGCUUUUCACUGGUUUCACAGUUAUGCGAGUACUACUAAAGAAGCACUAAAGGUUUUUCAUUCGUUGCAUAAUUUGCUGAAAGGAGUUGUAGAUGAAGCCAUUCAGAGUGAAAAUGGACACCUGGAUCUUUUUCUGCGAUUCCUGCUGGGCAUCUCACUGGAGUCCAAUCAGAGACUGUUACAGGAUCUACUGACAAACACAGAGAACAGCUCAGAGAGCAUUAAGAGAACAAUGGCAUAUAUAAAAGACAAAAUUAAAGACAGGAGAACUGCCCCAUACAAUCUUUCAUCUGAAAGAUCCAUCAAUCUGUUCCUCUGUCUGCUGGAGAUGAAAGAUCAGACUCUGUACAGAGAGAUUCAGGAGUUUUUGAAAUCAGAGAAAGACUCAAAAAAUGAACUCUCUCCUGCUCAAUGUUCAGCAAUCACCUACAUGCUUCAGAUGUCAGAGGAUGUGCUGGAUGAAUUAGAUCUCAAGAAAUAUAAUACAACAAAUGAGGGUAAAAUAAGACUGAUACCAGCCGUGAACAACUGCAGAAAAGCUCUGCUUGUUGGUUGUAAUCUUAUACAACAGCACCUUGAAAGUUUGGCUUCAGUUCUACAAUCACCUAAGUCCCUCCUGCGAGUGCUUGAUCUGAGUAACAAUGACCUGCAGGAUUCAGGAAUGAAGCUGAUCUCUGAUGCGGUGAAGAGUCCAAACUGUAAACUAGAGACACUGAGAUUUUCCAUCUGUAAUCUCACUAGUAAGUGUUGUGAAAGUUUGGCCUCAGUUCUACAAUUAUCCCUCCUGAGAGAGCUGGACCUGAGUAACAAUGACCUGCAGGAUUCAGGAGUGAAGCUGAUCUCUGAUGCACUGAAUACAAACUGUACACUGGAGAUACUUAGGAUUGCUAUGUGUAAUCUUACUGAUCAGUGCUGCAAAAGUUUGGCUUCAGCUCUACAAUCAUCAAACUCUGUCCUGAGAGAGCUGGGUCUGAGUAACAAUGACUUGCAGGAUUCAGGAGUGAAGCUGCUCUCUGAUGCACUGAAGAGUACAAACUGUACAUUGGAGAUACUGGGUUUAUCAGGCUGUAUGGUGACAGAGGUCGGCUGUCAUUAUAUGGCAUCAGCACUGAGUUCAAACCCUUCACACCUGAUAGAGCUGGAUCUGAGCUACAAUCACCCUGGAGAAUCAGGAGUCAAACUGCUCACUGAGAGACUCAAUGAUCCAAACUGCACACUACAGAAACUCAAUGUGAAGUGUGGUGGAGAGAUCAGGGCAAGAGCCGGACUACAGAAAUAUUUCUGUAAUCUCACACUGGAUCCAAACACAGCAAACACUCAUCUCAUUCUGUCUAAGGAGAACAGAAAGGUGAUGCAUGUGAAUGAGGAUCAGUCAUAUCCUGAUCAUCCAGACAGAUUUGAGCACUAUCCUCAGGUUCUGUGUAGAGAGAGUCUGACUGGACGAUGUUACUGGGAGACUGAGUGGAGUGGGAGGGAAGCUGAUAUAUCAGUGGCAUAUAAAGGAAUUGAAAGGAAAGGAAGGAGAAAUGAAUGUGUUUUGGGGUACAAUGAAAAGUCUUGGAGGUUGGAGUGCACUAAUGAUCAAUUCACACACUGGCAUGAUUUCAAGAGCACCAUCAUAUGUGUCCUGUCACCCCGAUCUAACAGAGUUGGAGUGUAUCUGGACUGGCCGGCCGGCACUCUGUCCUUCUACAGCGUCUCUGACACAAACACACUCACACACUUACACACAUUCAACACCACAUUCACUAAACCCCUCUAUGCUGGAUUUAGCCUUUAUAAUUCCUCUGUGUCUUUCUCAGAUUAAACAACCUCCUGUGAGAAACAGAUAUAUCACAAAUACAUGAAGUUAUAUACUCACUUUAUGUAGCCAACAAACACUCAUGUAGUAGUAAUUUAUUUGUAAAUUGGGACCUGUAUUGAUAUUGUUUUUAUUAUCUUAUCACUCUUAAGUCGUUGUUUUUGCAUUAUUUGCACCGUUAACUUACUUUGAUUGAAUAUUUACUGAGCAACAUAUUUAUAUUGCAUUUUUGUUGUUUGGUUUAUGAAACAAAUAAAAAUAUUAAAUAUGUGUACCUCUUACAGUUGAUGUUGAUGCUUACCACUGGAGCAAUAAAUCAUCAAAAAAUAAUGACAUUGUACGUUUAUGUGUGGGUGUUUUAAUUGUAUUUAUUGUUCGCUUUGAACGACAAAAGGGGUUUAACAUAAGUAACUGUACUGUAUGUUUGUUGGGGUUUUUUUCUUCCGCAUAAUGCACAAUGUAACUUUUCAAACAUGCAUAGAAAGAGUUGGACGAUAAAGAUUCCAA